AUGCAACGCCUGCGCCAAUGCAACGCCUGCGCCACUACCAGCACCUGCACGCCACUUUCUGGCGCCUGCACCAAUGCAACGCCUGCACGCCACUGGGAACGCCUGCACGCCACUGCAACACCUGCACGCCGCCACCAGCGCACACGCAAUACCAGCGCCACACCACUACAGCGCCUGCACCGCCAAUGCAACGCCCACGCACCGCUACAGCACCCACGCCACUGCAAGCACCUGCACGCCACUUCUGGCGCCUGCGCGCCAUGCAGCGCCUGCACGCCACUGCAACACCUGCACGCCAAUGCAACGCCUGCACGCCAGGCAACGCCCCACACGCCACUCUGGCACCCACGCCAGUACCAGCGCCCGCACGCCGCACCAGCGCCCCGCACCAGUACCAGCGCCUGCGCCACUGCAACGCCUGCACGCCACUUUCUGGCGCCCACGCACUUUCUGGCGCCCACGCCGCUGCAGCACCUGCGCCAGUCACCAACGCCUGCGCCAGUGCAAGCGCCUGCCGCCACCAGCGCCCACGCACGCCACUGUGCCCCCGCUGCAACGCCUGCACGCCAGUACCAGCGCCCACCACUUUCUGGCCCGCCUGCGCACGCCGCUGCAACGCCCGCCACUGCAAGCGCCUGCACGCCAGUACCGAAGCGCCUGCGCACCAGUACGCCUGCACGCCAAUGCAGCGCCUGCUGCGCCACUGCAAGCACCCACACCAGCAGCGCCUGCACACGGCAACCUUUACGCCUGCAAGCGCCUACGCACCGCCUGACGCCUGCACUUUCUGCUGCCCACCGCAUCACCAGCGCCUCUGCUGCCAGCGCCACACCACUGCAGCCGCCUACGCACCACUUUCUGGCGCCUGCUGCACCACUGCAACCCACGCACCUGACGCCCCACGCACCACUUUCUGUGCCACACGCCGCACCAGGCGCCUGCGCGCCACUUUCUGGCGCCUGCUGCGCCGAUGCCAGCGCCUGCACGCCACUUCUGGCCUACCGCUUUCUGACGCCCCGCACCGCGCCGCAGCGCCUGCACGCCGCCACCAGCGCCUGCGCGCCACUUUGCCUGCGCACCGAUGCAACGCCCACGCCACUCGCGGCGCCCACGCACCGCUACCAGCCGCCUGCACGCCACUUUCCACCAGCCCCUCACGCGCCACUCGCAGGCGCCUGCCGCGCCUUUCUGAGCGCCCGCACGCCAGUCCACCAGCGCCUGCACGCCGCGCCACGAGCGCCUGCACGCCACUUUCUGACGCCCACACGCCACUUUCUGACGCCCACACGCCAGUGCAAGCGCCACGCCACUGCAGCGCCCACGCCACUUUCUGACGCCACGCACGCCACUUGCCAAGCGCCUGCACGCCCCUCACAGCGCCUGCACGCCACUUUCUGA